AUGUCGGCGAGUGAAAAAUGGAGGAAAAAAGUUUCUACCUUAUCGGAAACUAUUUUUCCAGGAAUUUCAUUACACAAAUACGGUCUUGAAAGUGAAAUUGUAUCAAGUUUACCAUUACAAAUGCUUUUAUAUUUUAAUUUGUAUUUUUUUCCAGUUUGGUUGGCCACGUCCGUCUUCGAAUGUCUUUCAAGUUUGUAUCGAUUAAUUGUCGUUAUCGUUCACAUAGCAGUGUCAGGAAUAGAAAUAUUACGUUUGUAUUUAGGAUAUUUAGGAAAUUUAACGGAAAAAAUACCAGAGGUAGCAGCAUUUUGGAUGCUGUCAAUACUUUUACAAUUACCAAUGCAAAUAUUUUUAAUAUCAAGUAGACAAUUAUUAUUGUCACCGAUUGAAUACACCGUUCAAGGAAUUAUGUUAAUUUUUUUAAUAUCACAAUUAUUCGUUGGUUAUUUUGCAUUAAGAUUAGCAGCUAGACAUCAAGCUAAAAAAUUUCAUUUAUUAAGAUUACAAAAAAAUUCAAAUAAAUUUGAAAUGAAUUUAGGAUUUGAAAAUGAUGACGAUUGA